AUGUCCCAAGAGGACGACGGUUUUGAAGAAAAUAUAACUUUCCUUGAUAACAACAUAAAUCAGAAACUCGACGAAACCGACUUAAUGACGGGAACAUUUGAAAAAGAGUCCUACUCCUAUAAUAACAUUAAUCGAGAGGAAGAGCGAUGGAACUAUGAAUUGGAACCUGAUGAAAGUCGUCUCAUCCGGGAAAAGAAGAAUGAUCCUUUAGAUUGCCUAAAAGAAAUUUUUUUACAUAGAAAAUUGUCAAAUAAUGAGACUUCUGGCCUCAACCUUCAAAAGAUUGUCGAGAUUUGCGAAAAGUAUCACGAUGCCGAGGAUCACUCUAAAAAGGAUGAGCAAAUCAAGCUCAUUACAGCACAUUUCAAUCGUUAUUUCGAAAUAAAGCAGCAUUGGAAGAGUCGGUCAAAAAUUUUUCUUCAAAAAUCUCUGACGUUAACAUAUCUAACAACAAAAGUGUUGUAUCUUCUGAACGCAGCGACACAGUUUUUACUCACAGAUCUCCUGCUAUCUAACGGAAAGUUGGGACUCUACGGCAUUUCCUUGCUUACAAAUUUUGUUUUCGGGACUCCGACGGACUUGGGUUUUUUUCCGAGACAGACCUUAUGCGACUUUUAUGUACGAGAAAUAGGAAUGGAAAUGACUGGAAUCAGAUAUACUGUCCAGUGCGUUCUGUCCAUCAAUCUAUUUUUGCAAGCUAUGUUCUCAUUUUAUUGGUUUUGGCUGGUUAUCGUUGUUUUCUAUAAUUGUUCGAACACGUUUCAUUGGAUGUCACAACUCCUUUCCAACAAGAAUUCAGAGUAUUAUGUUCUUAAACACAUCCGUCCAGAACUACAAUCCGAUUCCAAUGAACAUGGAAACUUUGAAACGAGGGACUCACUAAUUAGUAAAUUCAUCAAGCAGUACCUCCAAACUGACGGAAUCUUUGUACUGAGACUGAUUUCUAUGAACGUGGGUGAUUUUGUCUUGUCUGAUCUCACAAGCGCCCUCUAUGAGAAUUUUAAAAUCAUAGAAAGUGCCUAUGACUUCCAAGGCAGUUGA